UCGAUUUUAAUUAAAUAAUCAAAUAUAAGGUCUUUGGUUAUUUUUCAACUACGUUAGAUUCCAUUUCAUGCAUCUUAAUUAUUUCAAAUACUAUUUUAGUCKAAUUAUUAUUUUAUGCAAUUAAGCUUGCAAAUGACCAUCGGAACAAUAUGUCACCAGACAAUAAAUAUCGUUGGCAUAGCAACCACGUGAAUACCGACACAACAGCGUGACACUUCGUUCACUUUGUAAAUCAAUCAAAGCGCUAUGUUUACAGACUCCCGUUAGAUAUGUACAUGCGAUGUUUAUCUAGAGUUUUUAUAUGUUUACAAGAGUAUUUAAGAGAUUAAAAGUAUGUUGAAAAUAUCCAGGCACUCGAAAGUCUAUCCCGGUGGUUACAGCGAACUGGACGAAUCACACGAGAUGAGAGAAGUCAACCACUAUGAGAACUUUAGACCAGAUACSAGAAAAAMGUCGUCAUCUUGGCAAAUGUUAGGGAAGCAAGUCASCUCCUUGUCACGAUGGCGAGCUUAUAGGAACUCCAUGCGAGACCGUAACCGCGGUGGAGUCCAGCUGUCAUCCGAUGGUGGAAUUCAUGAARACAAAGAGCAAGGCAAAAGAAAUGCUCAGUGUGUUCUGGACAGUGAUGUCGACGUUCUUGGCAAAGAAAAUUUCUCUGACUCUCAAUACGAUUCUUUUGUCAACACUAUCGAGGAGGCCAAUCAAGCCUUAAUCAGUAGUAGAGCUUUGAUAAUUUACUUUGCCAAGCUUGCAAAAGCUAGCUUAGAUGAACCGCAAGAGAUCGAUUUUGACUUCAUUAUGGAAAUGCUUUCGCGUGGAGCAGAUAUAAAUUUUACCGACAGACAUGGUCAAACCAUAUUCCAUGAGGUUGCAAGAAUUUGGGACGUUGAUGUGGCAAAAUUUGUUCUGGAGAAUGGCGGAGAUGUAAACAUUGCUGAUUUUUAUGGACGAACUCCUUUACACAUUGCCGCAGCAGUAGAUUAUCCAGAAAUGGUUGGCUUCCUGGUUGAACAUAAAGCUUACAUCCAUGCUGAAACCAAAAAUGAAUUGCAAACCCCAGUGCAUUACGCAGCUAAAAACGAUGCACCAAAGUCUUUGAAGAAGUUGCUGAAGCUUGGUGGAAGAGUUGAUAGUAGAGACUACAAAGGGAGAACACCUCUGCAAGUUGCAGCUGAAUUAGAUCGUUCUGAAACUGCAAAGCUACUCAUUGAGCAAGGUGCACAUGCUGGAGUUCAAGACCACAGUGGUAGCCUUGCGUUGUCCAUGAUGAUAUCYAAAAUGACUCCAGUUGCUAAGGAUGCCUUGGACCAGUUCCAUUCAACAGACCGUGCAAAUAGGCGACAGUAUUACUACUUAAACUACAUGGAACCAUAUAAACCAGGCAAAGCUGCUGAAUGGCACGCUAAAACACCAUUACAGUGUCUAGUACACUUUAAACAGAUGGAACUCAUUAUGCACCCAGUCUUCCGACGUCUCAUUGAUGUCAAGUGGAAACAGUUUGGUCGACGAGCCGCUGCCUGGCAGCUCAUUGUMCAAAUAAUUUACGUGUUGACCUGGACAGCUYUGGCUAUUACUCUGCACAUCGGAAGAGAAUCACAGUACUACUUCCCUCCCAGAAAAUAUUGGUGGAGGAUUGUCAUGGAAGGCAUUGUAUGCAGCAUGACAUURUACUUUAUCUUGGAAGAAUUCCUGGAAUUCCGUCAGUCCAGUUCUUCGCACCGCAAAUGGCAACGCUGGAGAAUAAGAGAGCUUCAAAAAGAUCUUCAGUUCUGCCAUCCGCGCUGGCCGUCAGAAAGAAAAUACCUGGAAAUGGAACUGAGGGAAAUAUCAGAGUCUGGAAUCUCRUAYUUCACUGAUGGAUGGAACUACUUUGAUUGGGUGACCUACGGUUGGGUGGUUGGUAUCGCGGUAACUCGUGGACUUGUCGUAGGAUUGGAUGAUAGGACUGCAAAGGAAGCCCAUCCACGWGUAUUUGCUGUUGGUAUCAUAUUCAUUUGGCUGAGGCUAAUGAAAGCGUUUCGUGCAAUAUCAUCAAUUGGUCCUUUUAUUGUGAUGAUCGGUCAUAUCAUCAAAGAUACUCUCAAAUUCGGUUUCCUGUAUUUUGAGUUUUACUUCCCGUAUGUCUGUGCUUUUUGGAUCGUGUUUGGACACAAUGCUAUGGCAAGUAAGGGGCUUUCAGAACUGCAAAACUUUAACGAUCUAAUGUAUUCCGUUUGGCAGAUGACAUACGUCGGGAAUUUUCCUUACGAUGCCAUGAUGCAGUAUGAUAUUCUUAUGGCCCAGUUACUGUCUGGCACAUACAUUGCCGUGUCUGGAGUCAUAUUGCUGAAUCUAUUCAUUGCACUUAUGUCAGAUACCUUUCAAAGGGUAUAUGAUAAUGCCAUUGCAAAUGCUGAAAUGCAACGUGCAAGCCUUAUACUUAACAUGGAGGAAAGUAUGAGUGAAUCUACAAGAGAUGCUUAUCGGCGACAAUUUCACACACGACUUGCCCCCGAGGAGCUUUAUUACGACGAUGAUUCAACAACGCCCGAGUCAGGAGAACUCGAACGAAUGACACAUCAGAUAAAAGACGUUGUUGACGAUGUUUUCGAUAUUGUAAAAGAGUCAGGAAAUACUAAAUCACAAUCAAGUGAUACAGCAAGCAAGGAAGUCAUGAGACUGCGGGACGAAUUGGCAAGUGCUGGAGAACGACACGAAAAAAAUGUGAUGGAAAUGCGKCAAGAAAUCGCUGAAAUGAAGCAAAUGAUCGAUGUCUUGGUGAGAAACUUACAGCAACAGAACACGCACUCAAGUCAUCCAUCAAUAUUAUCCAAUCAGAAAUCAUUAAAGUCGUCUCGCGUAAGCCAUCGUAAGAAACACAAAAAAGAAAGUUUGCGCGGGAAYAAGGAUGACGUGUACGAGGAACCUUACGAAGGACUUCCGCUGCCCCCACCWACCGAUGGCCCUUUGCCCAGUUUGUCUUCUUUAAUGAAUAGAAAGAUACCGCGAACAGAAAACCCACGUAUUUAAUAAACAUUUUGCUGUAGUAGAUCUAACUAUAAGUCUUGUAUGCUUAGGAUGUCUACAUGAUUUUUAACAGAUGUACUAUAUUAAACCUUGAACACCAA